UAUCACGGCGAUUAACAAAAACGCUGAGUCGCUGACGACACAGCAAGAUAUUAUGGUGAGGUUGAUCAUAGAUUCUAAAAACCCUAAAACCCUCACCCAACCUACAGUUCACUAGUUUUUUCUGCUCCUCCCUCCUCCCUCUGGUUAUUAUACCGUACCAGACGAACUAACAAAGUAGCAGACAUGGAGGAGGCGACGGAGAUGGAAGUGGAGCAUCCAAAUCCAAAUUCAAUCAAGCGAUUUGGACUCAAAAACUCUAUCCAAACUAACUUUGGUGACCACUACGUUUUCCAAAUCGUCCCCAAGAAUGAUUGGUCGUCAAUGGCGGUUUCCCUAUCCACCAACGCCGUGAAGCUUUACUCUCCGACGACAGGUCAGUACCAAGGAGAGUGCAAAGGUCACACUGAUACUAUCAAUCAAAUUGCUUUCUCUAAUUCUCUGACCCCACACGUCUUGCACUCUUGCUCUUCUGAUGGCACCAUAAGGGCUUGGGACACAAGAACUUUCCGCCAGGUGUCGUGUAUGAGUGCCGGUUCUUCUCAAGAGAUCUUCAGCUUCUCAUUUGGAGGCUCCAGUGAUAAUCUUCUUGCUGCUGGGUCUAAAUCUCAGAUACUUUUCUGGGAUUGGAGGAAUGAGAAACAAGUUGCAUGUCUGGUAGAUUCACACACUGAAGAUGUUACUCAGGUCCACUUUGUCCAUGGCCACCGAAACAAGCUUCUUUCUGCUUCUGUAGAUGGAUUGAUGUGUAUUUUUAAUACUGAUGGGGAUAUCAAUGAUGAUGAUAAUCUCGAAUCAGUGAUUAAUGUGGGAACUUCAAUUGGUAAAGUGGGAUUUUUUGGAGAGAACUAUCGGAAGCUCUGGUGCUUGACACAUAUUGAAAGCUUAAGCAUUUGGGAUUGGAAGGAUGAGAAAAAUGAAGCAAAUUUGCAUGAAGCUCGCUCAUUAGCAUCGGACAGCUGGACAUUAGAUCAUGUUGAUUAUUUCAUCGAUUGUCAUUACCCAGGAGAAGGUGACAGUUUAUGGGUGAUUGGUGGAACUAGUGGUGGUUCACUAGGCUAUUUUCCUGUAAAUUGUAGAGCCGGAGCAAUAGGAUCUCCGGAAGCAAUUCUUGGCGGUGGGCAUACGGGUGUUGUCAGGAGUGUGUUGUCGAUGUCAAGCAAGAAGCACGGACCUGCCCAAAGCCAAGGCAUUUUCGGUUGGACCGGCGGUGAAGAUGGCCGCUUGUGUUGCUGGUUGUCUGAUGAUUCUACGGCGAUAAACCGUGCCUGGAUUUCAGAUGCAAUGGUUAUCAGGUCCUCAAAAUCCCGCAAGAAAAACAGGCAUCAUCCUUAUUAACAGAACGAUGUAUAAUUAUUUGAUGUUUUUUAAAAUAUAUAUUAUUCUUUGUGUUUUUCAGCUUUGCUUUCCAAUUUUGCUGGUAAAGCGUGCUUCGGAUGUCAUAAAUUACUUGUACGGUUUAGUGGAUUAGGAAAAUGAAAUGGCUACAUCUUUUGACGUCU